AUGAUUGAUAUGAGUUGGAUCGACAAACCCAUAAAAUCAAAAGAGUUUAAAGACGGAGUAGUCCAAUUUUUGGACUUUGCCUUUUCCAACGCAGCAAUCAAUGGACAAAUAUUGUGUCCUUGUAUUACAUGCGGAUUUAAUCACUCGGGUAAUAGAGUUGAAGUGUUUACUCAUCUCCUUCGAAAGGGAUUUCCUAGCAAGUACACAUUUUGGAACAUGCAUGGGGAAAAAGAAGUUCAACCCAAUGUUCAAUCAGCAGACCAAGUAGAUGCACCCCCAACUAGACAACAUCCCAUGCAAGAUAUGUUAAAUGAUGUCUUUGGAGUGGUAUUUGAUCAAGGAGUUCAAGACUCAGGGCCAUCAAAUAUUCCUAAUAGCGAGCACCCAAUGAUUUCAGAGGAUAUGAGUAAUGAAGAUUUGAACAAAGUUAAGGAGUUGAUGGAAGAUGGGAAUCAAGAACUCUAUCUUGGAUGCACAAAAUAUAGCAAACUAUCGUUCAUUGUUCGUCUCUACCAUAUAAAAAUUUUAUGUGGUGCAACAGAUAAAACAUUUUCGAUGAUUAUUGAGCUUCUAAAUGAUGUAUUUCCCCAUGCUAAACUACCGGCAUCUUUCUAUGAAGCAAAAAAGAUGAUCAAGAGGAUAGGUUUGAGUUACAAUAAGAUACAUGCUUGUCCAAAUCAUUGCAUGUUGUAUUGGGGAUCACUAGAGGAUGAGAAAAGAGAUAAAUGUAAAAUAUGUACUACAUCUAGAUGGAAGUUAGAUGAAAAUAAUAGUUCUUCAAAUGACGUGAUGGAAGCUACAAAAAAGAAACAGAAACCGGCAAAAAUAUUGCGACAUUUCCCACUUAUUCCAAGGUUGCAGAGGUUGUACACGUCUUCUAAAACUGCAGAGUUAUUGAAAUGGCAUGCUAUGGUGGCAAAUCCUGAUGGGUUAUUAAGGCAUCCUAGAGAUAGUAAAGCAUGGAAAGAGUUUGAUUCCUUUUAUCCAGAAUUCUCUUUAGAUCCUCGUAAUGUUCGACUCGCAUUAGCUACCGAUGGUUUCAAUCCAUUUGGAACUUUAAGUUCUUCUAAUAGCAUCUGGCCUGUGAUGUUGUAUCUUUAUAACUAUCCACCAUGGUAUUGUAUGAAGCCCACUUCUCUUAUCAUGUCAAUGAUAAUCCCUGGACCUAAGAUGCCUGGAAACAAAAUUGAUGUUUACUUGCAGCCUCUAGUUGCGGAGUUAAAUCAAUUAUGGAUCGGUGUUGAUGCUUAUGAUAUCUCAACUAAAGAAAUGUUUCAAAUGCGAGCUGCAUUGUUUUGUACAAUUAGUGACUUUCCUGGUCUUGAUAACUUAUCUGGGUGGAAUACACACACAUUGCUUGCUUGUCCAUCUUGUAUGUUUGAUACAAAAUCUAAAAGGCUGAGAUUUGGUAAGAAAAAUUGUUUCAUGGGUCACCGCCAAUAUUUACCCCCUGAUCAUAAGUAUAGGUGCAAUACAAAAUCUUUUGAUGGAUGUGAGGAACAUAGUCUUGCCCCUCUUCAAAUGUCAGGUUCAGAUACACUACGGCAAAUUGAGGAGUAUCUCAAAAAGGCUCAUGAUGAGGGUACAAGUGAGGCAGGCCCACAACAAUGGAAGAAAAAAAAGUAUAUUUUGGAAUUUACCUUAUUGGGAGCAUAA